CGACAUUCACAGUUACAUGAGAGCUUUCAACAGUGUUUACUUUUGUGUGUUCCUUGUUAGCUGGAUAACUAAUUUCAAUUUAGUCCUUAUUCAAUUGUCGAUCAAAACAACACAUCACUUCCACCAAUACUCGGAAUGCUGAGAUAUAGAUUUCUAUCGAAAGUUGUUCUGGCGGGUUCGUGUAACUACUCUAAAAACAUACCGGUUUAUUGACGUACAUCUCCUCAUUUGCGAUGUUUUGGCACGCAAACGGUCAAGCCUCGUACAGCGAUUGUCAUGCUCAAUAUGGGUGGACCUCAGAAUACAGAUCAGGUUCACGAUUAUUUGCAUAGGAUUAUGACUGACCGAGAUAUGAUACAGUUACCCGUACAAAGCAAGUUGGGUCCCUGGAUAGCAAAACGUCGCACCCCGGAAGUGCAGAAAAAAUAUUCGGAAAUUGGUGGUGGAUCCCCCAUCCUUAAGUGGACCAACUUGCAAGGAGAGCUGUUAUGUCAGCAGUUGGAUAAGGCUUCUCCAGAAACUGCACCGCAUAAACAUUACGUGGCCUUCCGUUAUGUCACACCACUGACAGAGGACGCCUUGCAGCAGGUUGAAAGGGAUCAACCCGAAAGGGUAGUACUUUUUUCUCAAUAUCCGCAAUAUAGUUGUGCCACAUCCGGAUCUAGCUUCAACGCUAUCUUCUCGCACUAUAAAAAUAACAAGAAUGGUUUAUCUAAAGCCAAAUGGAGUAUUAUUGAUCGCUGGGGAACACAUCCCCUGCUAGCAAAAACGUUUGCCGACAACAUUCGAACGGAGCUCAAUAAAUUUCCCAAGGAAAAGCAGAAAGACGUGAUUUUGCUUUUUUCUGCACACUCUCUACCACUUAAAGCAGUCAAUCGUGGUGAUGCAUACCCUUCAGAGGUUGGAGCUACUGUUCAGAAUGUGAUGGAUGAGCUCAAGUAUUGUAAUCCGUACUGUUUGGUGUGGCAAUCGAAGGUAGGCCCGCUGCCAUGGUUGGAACCGUUCACCGAAAAUGCGAUCAAAGGUUACGUGAAGCAAGGUAAGAAGAAUUUCAUUCUAAUUCCGAUCGCCUUUGUCAACGAACAUAUUGAAACGUUACACGAAUUGGACAUUGAGUACUGCACGGAAUUGGCACACGAGGUUGGAGCCGAGAAGAUUGGCCGCGCGGCAGCUCCAAAUGAUCAUCCACUGUUCAUUGACGCUCUGACUGACAUCGUGCAUAGCCAUUUGCGACACGGAAGCACCGUAAAUCCAAAGUUUCUACUUCGGUGUCCUGCUUGUGUGAAUGCAAAGUGUUCAACGAGCAAAGAGUGGUUUCGGGAAAUUUGUAACUAGUGAUAUUUCGGAGGUAAUGGCUUCCAUUUAGCGGAACACGGUUUCGGAAAGAGAGAGUUAUUUGUUUAGAAA